AUGGUGUCACCAGGUACUCCACUAUGGCGUAAUGGACCAGAAGAAAAGCCAGUGUUAUGCAAUGCAUGUGGAUCAAGAUACAGGAUCUGGGGAAGCCUUGAUGACUAUCUUCCCAAACAUUUUCAACCCGAGCACCUCAGUAACCUUGAAAAACUAAUGCCUGGAAGCAGUCUUAAUGUUAAGAAUAUUAUCCCUUCAAGUGAUGAUCCAGAUUCAGAUGAGAAAGAUUCAUCUUUAUGGAACCCUAAGGUCCCUUCAAAGAAACGAUCACGGGUAGUAUACGAGAGGAUAACACCAAUGAAGAGGUUCCAUAAACGACUUCUCAGUAUGUGGAAACAUGGGAAGCCAAAUGAGUCAUCCCCAGAAGAGGUCUUAUUAUAUCAUAACGUGAAUAACUUCAUACCUAGUGGUGAAAUAGGCCUUGGAGCAGUUCUUCUUAAACCAGAUGGUACUUCUACAUAG